AUGCUGAUGGGAACCAGGUCACAGAUCUUGAAGGACGUUGGUGAAGGCAUCACCGAGGUCCAGAUCAUUCAGUGGUAUGUGGAGGAGGGGGCACACAUUGAGGAAUGGAAGCCAUUGUGCCAAUAUCAGUCAGAUAAGGCAGUCGAUGAUAUCACAUCAAGAUAUGAAGGCGUCAUUAAGAAGCUCCAUUUCGAGGCUGACGACACCAUACCUACAGGAAUGGCACUCUGCGAUAUUGAGGUCGACGACGCGAAAUAUCCUGAUGAUCAUCCCCCACCCGCCGAGCCAAAGGCAGACCCAGAACCGACCGAGGCCGUUGCCGAAUCCGAAAUAAUAGCAGAAUCAUCUGAACAUGCCACAUUCAUUUCGGAAACUGCCCCUGAAGUCCCUACAGAGACACCAGUGACACCUCCCAAGUCAAAGCAUGCAUCCCUUGCAACGCCCGCAGUGCGGGGUCUCUUGAAGACGCAUAGCAUUAGCAUCCUUGAUAUCGUUGGAACUGGCAAGGAAGGACGAGUUCUCAAAGAAGAUGUACUCCGAUUCGUGGAAGCCAAGAAUUCUCCUUCUCAGUCUCCAUUGACAUCAGCCCCCACAACCUCAUCCAUAACGCCAGACACACGUCAAACUGAGUCCAGUGUCCGACUGACUCCAAUCCAAUCGGCCAUGUUCAAAACCAUGACCAAAUCCCUUAACACACCACACCUCCUCUACGCCGACGAAAUCGAUGUGGGAGACAUAACAUCGAUCAGAAAGAAGCUCGCAAGUGAUGCCAAAGAUCCCAAGAAGAUCACCUUCCUCCCUUUCAUUGUCAAGGCCGUCUCACUCGCUCUGAACGAAUUCCCCAUCUUGAACGCCCGCGUCGACACCACUGACGCCGCAAAGCCCAAGCUAGUCAUGCGCGCCAAACACAACAUUGGCAUCGCAAUGGACACGCCGAACGGUCUUAUUGUCCCCAACAUCAAAGACGUGGCGAACCGAUCAAUCUACGACAUUGCGGCAGAAAUCUCACGCCUCAGUGCCCUUGGCAAGGAAGGUAAAUUAACCCCCGCCGAUUUGAAUGGCGGUACUAUCACCGUCUCCAAUAUUGGAAAUAUCGGCGGCACAUAUGUGGCUCCUGUCAUCGUGCCGACGGAGGUUGCUAUCCUUGGCGUUGGACGCACAAGGACCGUACCCGUCUUUGAUGAGCAGGGUCAAGUCGCUCGUGGAGAGCAGGUUAAUUUCAGUUGGAGCGCGGAUCACCGGGUCAUUGAUGGAGCGACAAUGGCGCGCAUGGGCAAUCUGGUGCGGAACUUCAUUGAGGCGCCAGAGUUGAUGCUUCUGAACUUGAGAUGA